AUGAUUUUCGACCCAGACAGUAUCGAGAUUCCCAAGUCUUACGAGACUCUUCCGUUGACCGAUGUCAAAGUCUCCCACCACCCGGCUGGGGCUCCUGAAGCUACCCCCGUUGUUGUGGUGACGCUGAACCGACCCGAAAAGCAUAAUGCAUUUACUCUAGAUAUGAUGCAUGUGUUUGAGAAGAUAUACCCUAUGUUUGAUGUUGACGAACGAGUAAAAGUCGUGGUACUUACCGGUGCUGGUAAGAUGUUCUGUGCAGGUGCAGAUCUUGAGCGAGGAUUUAGUGGAAUGGAGAAGGAGAGAAACAAGGACCACCGCGACAGCGGCGGCCGUCUCGCCUUGGCCAUCCACCGCUGCCGUAAGCCUACUAUAGCGGCCAUGCAGGGCUCCGCCGUCGGGCUGGGUAUGACAAUGUGUCUACCAGCCGCCAUCCGCAUUGGUUGCCAGAAAUCCAAGUACGGAUUUGUCUUCCCGCGACGGGGUCUGACGAUGGAAUCAAGCUCUUCAUUCUUCCUUCCGCGUUUGAUUGGUUACUCGAAUGCUCUUUACUUGCUCACAACUGGAGGCACCUUCUCAGCUACAUCGCCACACUUCGGGACGUUGUUCCAGGAGACAUACCCUGAUUCAACUCAGGUAGUCACGCGCGCAUUGGAGCUUGCUACGGAAGUUGCAGAGAGUGUUAGCCCCAUGGCGUCAUAUCUUUCGCGAGAACUCAUGUGGCGGAAUCCAGGGAGUGCUGAAGAGACUCAUCUGGUUGAUUCGGCGGUUCUGUACCAUAUGUUUAGUGGAAAAGACUCAAACGAAGGCAUCAAAGCAUUCUUCGAGAAACGCAAGCCGAAGUUCAAUGCAACCCUUGAGGAUGAUGCACCGCCCAGCUUUCCUUGGUGGUCUGACGUUGAUACCGGCAGACGUCCAAAAGCUAGCAAGGCGAAGCUGUAG